AUGCAAACAUUCUUAUCUAGACACCCAAGGAAAGUUUUAUUUAAAUUGGCUCAGUUCCUAUUCUUUCAAACUAUUCCAGCAAAGUCAGCCAAUUUAAAGUUGAAUCACACAUAUGGAACUUUGACGACAAGUGUACUUACUCUACCUCAAUACUUAAAACCUAAGAAACACGCGUUUUUUACAAAAUAUCAGCAUAUCAAACAUGCGACCCUAAUUACAUACAAGGAUAAUGCGUGUACUACCACCAAAUCGUUUAAAGAGGAGGGUAGCAAUUUAUCCCGAAAUUUAAAUGAGAACAUCAUUAAGGUCUUAAAUGAACUCGCAGAGAGAGAAAUGGAUUCCGGUGAUAUGUAUAGAGAACGUGCUUACAAGUUAGCGAUAAAGUCUAUUUCCGAAUAUCCUAAACAAAUCACAUCGGGGAAGGAGGCGAAAAAACUUAAAGGAAUUGGCGAAAGCAUUUCUAGUAAAAUAGAUGAAAUAAUAGAAACUGGUACGUGUUCGCAGCUAUGGGAAGAUGGCGAUCAACGAAAACAACGAAAACUUAUAGAUCUUUUUAUGAAAGUACCAAAAAUUGGAAAAAAGGACGCACAAAAAUUGGUCGAAAAAGGGUAUAAAUCCUUGGAGGAUGUGAUGAACGACCCAGAAAUAGAACCAUAUAAAAAAUUUGGAAUUCAGUACGUCUCUGAACUUGAUCAAGACGCGUCGAGGGAAGAAAUAGAAUCGUUGAUAAAAUUUAUCGCUGAAAAUCUAGCCUCGAUGGACGUAAAGUACAAAUGCAUUCUGUGUGUUCAAGCGCUUCUCUAUAGUCGUCGUGGUGCAAUCACAUGCCGGGACUUAAAUAUGCUUAUCACGCAUUCAGAAUUCAAGUCUACGACAAAGUUGGAAACCAUCAUCAAUGGUGAUAAUAUGUUGAAAAAAAUAUUGGACAAUCUAAAAAAUUCUGGAUUCUGCACCGAUUAUCUACACAGAGGGAAUUUGAAAUUUAGUGCGAUUUGCCAACUUCCAAGCACGAAUGCAGAAAGAAAUCCUCAUUUGCAUAGACUAAUUGAAUUUCGAAUUUUGCCCUAUGAACAAUUUUGGCUCGGGGUUCUUGCACGGACAGGAAAUGCUGAAUUUUACAGACUUUUGCAAAAAGAGGCCGAAGAAAACAAUUAUUUUUUAAAUGACACAACAUUUGCACGAAAAGACCCUAAUACUGGUGAAAUUGGUCCACCAAUUCCAGUAACAAGUGAAGGUGUUGUCUUUGAAGCAUUAAAUUUAAAAUUCAUUCCCCCGUUCGCAAGAAAUUUGAAGAAAGAUGAUUAUUUAGAGGAUUGA